UUAGGUUAUAAUCUCUGGAUUUUUAGGUUAUAUUUUUAUAAAUUAUAGAGAUGUUAAGUAGAUUGAGAAUUAAUUUAACGAGGUUGAUUUUAACUAGAUUUCAGUCUACAAGCCAGCAAAGGAUUGUAGUUACUGAUGAUGGAAACACAAUAGUAGCGUGGCACCCAAAAGAAGACUUCCCAUAUGAAUGUACAAGACCGCUACCAGAUGAACAAACCAUUGAAACUGAUAGCGUUUUAAAGACUACUGUGACACCUGAAUUGUUAAGUAUAUUCAAUAAGAAAACACCCGAACAAUCCAGGCAAGAGCUUAUGAAUAUCACUCACACGACAAAGCAUAGAUGGUUUCCAAGAGCGAGGGAUAAACGUGCGAAGAAGACACCCAUGGAUAGAGAAUAUUUGUAGUUAAAUGUAGACUUGAACAGUAAUUUUUGUUUUAUAUUUAUUAAAG